UUUCUGGUCUUGCAGGAAGCGCUGACGUAGCACAAAGCCAAGUUUCCGUUGGGAUGGGCCUGCUAGCUGGUUCAACUGUCAUGCUUCUUACACUCAUCUGGGGCACAUGUGUGAUUGUUGGGAAGUGUGAUCUUCAAGAUUCUGUUGCUAUAGAUUCACAGGAUACAAAAGGGUUUAGCUUGACUGAAUCUGGAGUUAGCACUGACAUUUGGACCAGCUAUGCUGCCAGAAUUAUGGUUAUAUCUGUCAUACCAUUCAUAAUAGUUCAAUUGCCACAAUUGCUCAAUUCAACAUCAGGAAGGCACGUGGCAGUGUUGAUUGCUCUUGUGGUCUCUGUUUCAAUGUUCAUUAUAUAUUGCCUUUAUCAGGUUUUCCAGCCAUGGAUACAAAGGAGGAAACUUGCCUAUGUCAAGCACAAACAUGUUAUAUUUGGGCUUUUAAGACAUUUCAAACAGCAAGCACUUGGAAGACUCCUGACAGAAAAUGGGGAGCCAGAUAGAGAAAUAAUACAAAAGCUAUUUUUAAGAAUUGAUGAGAACAAGGAUGGACUUCUUUCAGCUUCUGAACUGAGAGCACUAAUUCUCGGCAUUCAGUUUGAGGAGAUCGACUUAGAUCAUGAUGAUGCUGUCAACAAAAUACUAACUGAGUUUGAUACUUCUCGUGAUUUCCAUGUCGAUGUUGAAGAGUUUGUCAAUGGGGUCAUUAAGUGGCUUUCUCAAGCACAAGCUACAAGGCCUGGCAGAGGUGAUGAUGGUCCUCACUCAAUGAGGUUUCUGCAUAACUUUCACCUAGAAACAAAGAGAGAGCACGAUUUGCUGGAUGUCGGGGAUCAGAGCGAUGAGGUCGUGGAGGGUGUCGAGGAGAGCAAGGGAGUGUUGAUCAAAGCUAUACUCUUCUUGAUGCUUGGAACUGCCAUUGCUGCUGCCUUUGCUGACCCUUUGGUUGACGUCGUACACAACUUCUCUAGUGCAACUAACAUCCCUGCGUUCUUUAUUUCGUUUAUCGCUCUGCCAUUAGCAACCAACUCCAGUGAAGCAGUCUCUGCUAUAAUCUUUGCAAGUCGUGACAAACGCAAAACCGCCUCCUUAACAUUUUCAGAGCUAUAUGGGGCAGUGACAAUGAACAAUGUGCUUUGUCUAUCAGUCUUCUUGGCUCUUGUUUACAUGAGAGGACUGGUUUGGAACUUUUCAUCCGAAGUACUGGUUAUUCUCGUUGUCACGGUUGUGAUGGGACUCCUCGGUAGCUUCCGAACUGCGUUCCCGCUAUGGACGUCUCUGGUGGCUCUCCUACUCUACCCCCUCUCUCUUGUGCUGGUUUAUGUUCUUGAUUAUGUAUUUGGUUGGUCAUAGAUCAGUUGGUGGUUUGGAGUUUAUCGAGGGGGUUUGAUUUGUUAACUUAAAUUUGGGGUUUGUUUUUUAAAACAUAAUAUUCUGAGGCAAUGUUAUAAAAACUACUGUUCUGCUCUCUCUUUUAUUUGCUUCAUUGUUGGGACUUUCAAAAGAGUAGUGGUUUGAACGUGAGGUGAUGACGGAUGAGAACCCAACUCCCCAACAUUUUUUUUUUCUUUUUCAAUACUUUUGAGAAAUGCAUUAUUUUUAAGUUCAAUUAUUGAACUUUGGAUAUUGUAAAAAAAUUUCAAUUAUAUUUCAGACUUGCUUAAUCCGCUGA